CUCCCCUAGGCCGUGUGUCGAGCGUCGUCGAAGUGGAGUCUGGCGUCCGGUGUUGUCCUUCGCCUACGCGUAUUUUCUCUCUACGUUUUCCUCCUCGAAUCUCCCAGUCCGUGACAUGUCGUCGAAGAAUCGAUAGCGUUGCGCGAACAAAAAAGAAGAGAGAGAAAAAAAAAAGAAAAGGAAAGGAAGGGAAGGAUACAAUGUUGCUUCUUGUUCGUGCGGAUCUGCAAGAAGCAUGAGCGACGUGUGGCGCGUGUUCGUGCGGCCGAGUGCGUAGAAACGGGGAAAGGGGGGAAAAAAGAAGAAGAAAACGCGACGACACACGGAUCGGUGGCGAGGUGUGUGCCGGAUUUCGCGGCUCUUCGACGCGAGCCGAUCGGUUCUCGUGAUUGACCGACUGCGUGAAGAUGAAGAGGCAGAAUGUCAGGACUCUGUCGUUGGUAGUGUGCACGUUCACUUAUUUGCUGAUCGGCGCCGCGGUUUUCGACGCGUUGGAGUCGAACACGGAGAGAAAGCGCUGGGAGUUUCUGUCAGAGGUUCGUCGGAACAUGAUGAAGAAGUACAAUAUCACGCAGGAGGAUUACAGAAUGCUGGAGAUUGUUAUAAUAGAGAACAAGCCGCACAAGGCAGGCCCUCAAUGGAAAUUCGCUGGUGCCUUUUAUUUCGCCACCCUGGUGCUUGCUAUGAUAGGAUACGGACACUCGACGCCAGUCACCAUAGGAGGUAAAGCGUUCUGCAUGGCGUACGCCAUGGUAGGCAUCCCUCUGGGUUUGGUGAUGUUCCAGAGUAUCGGUGAACGUUUGAACAAGUUCGCCUCCGUAGUGAUCAAGCGGGCGAAAAGCUAUUUAAGGUGUCAGAAAACAGAAGCAACCGAGAUGAAUCUAAUGCUCGCGACUGGUUUACUCUCGAGUAUAAUUAUCACGACCGGGGCCGCUGUGUUCUCGCGUUACGAAGGCUGGAGCUACUUUGAUAGCUUCUACUACUGUUUCGUCACGCUGACUACCAUCGGUUUUGGGGAUUACGUUGCCUUGCAGAACGACCAUGCGCUUUCCAAUAAACCUGGAUACGUGGCCUUAAGCUUAGUCUUUAUACUAUUCGGUCUGGCCGUCGUCGCUGCCAGCAUAAACUUACUUGUCCUCCGCUUCAUGACCAUGAACACGGGUGACGCUCGUCGCGACGACGAGCUUCAGCCAGCUUCGCAUCACGUUCUAACGUUAGACGGCGAGGUGGUCGCCGUAAAUGGGAAACUGUUGGCUGGCCACGUUCCGAUAGUUCACGACACCGACGACUGCGUGAGCGUGUGCUCGUGCACGUGCCUCGGGCCACCCAAUUCCGAGCUUCUGGACCAAGGCUACCAAGGAUACAGGCCACCUUCGACCUCGAGCCUUCGCGUGAAACGCGCAUCCGUCUGAUGGAAGGAGUUCCGCCGUCGCAGUUUACGUCGUCGAUUGUCGAGAGCCGACAGCAGAGAGCUACUUGGCAUCGACGUGUAAGAAAAUAAUCCGACCCCGAGAUAAACCAGUAUAAACCAGAGAAAGAGAUUGAACGACGAAGAUAUUCCGGAAAAGUUCGCGUGUCGAUGGGAGAGAUGGCGAAAUUGAAAGUAAUUUCAUCGACACACCCCCGAUGGAAUUGUUCGAGGCGACUCAGAUUGGACGAACUGAGUUGGAAACUGUGUUCUUACAAAGAUCUACCUUAACUCGCUCGAGGACCCCCCGUUCGCGCACGUUCAUCGAUUUUUGAAGAUGUAUUUUGAUGGGAGCCAGUGACGUUCGAAGGUGAUUUCAAAGUUGAAUAAUUACGAGUAGCCGUAGAGAGGAUGAAGCCGGGAGGAUGGUGUUUGAUCGUUUGUAGACGAUUUUGUAACGAUUUCGUACGUUUUCAUAUGUCGUUCCACGGAACAUUGUCCCAAACACGGUGAAUUUUGAACGCAAUUGAAAUUCGCAGCGCGGCGUUCGUGCCGCGUUACGUUCAUUGGACGAUUAUAUUGGAAAUAUUGAGACUCGUAGAGUAGUCGUGACAAUUUGUAUUUGUAUCGGUAUUGCGAGUUGAAAUCGAAGAGGGUUGCUUCGUUCUGGAGAUGAAUUGAAUUUCUUUGAACCAAAUUUCGAAUUAAUUCUUUCGAUUUUCGCCAUGUGUGUUCUACGUUAGUAAAAAUUUUUUCUAUGCUGUAGAAAAUAACGUAAAUUACAGCAAAACGAUGCAAUUGCUUAAUUUUUUAAGCAUAAAAUCCUGCUUAUUCAUUAUGUCGUUCAUUAAGUUCUGCGAAAAGAUUAUUGAAACUUUUUAAAAAAUUUUUAAUUUUUUGAUUCACAUACGAAAGUGUUUCUUUUCUUCUAUGUAUCAAAAUUUGUUAAACGAGUCAAGCUAGUCAAGAGGAGUAUGUUUCUAAAUUUCAAUAUUUGAAAAUAUUCUAAGGACAAAGCAAUCCUCGUAAAAGGGAAGAUAAUCUCGUUUUGAUGAAAGUCGAUCAAGUAGAGAUAUCGAUCUCGGUUAUUUAUAUGCAUACCGAAUAUAUAAAGUAUAAACAGAACAAUACCCAGGCCUCGUUAGCGUGAUUGUUAAAUACGUAUUAUACAACUCGAUGUUUGUACCAAAAUAGAUGUAAAAGCUGAAAAACGACGAUUGUAAAUCGUCGAUCGGCGAGAAGAAGAAGAAGAAGAAGAAAAAAAGAAAAUCGAAUUUAGAAGGUAGCGUGAUUUUGUAGCUACGAAAAUUGCGAUCGUACAAUUUUCUAGAAUCGUAAAAUGAUAAAAAUUGAAUAACAAUUUUACCGUACUCACGACGCGAUUCACCAAGAAACAUAUACGUACGUACGUUCGGGCGUUAUAUUUUUUAAAGCUAAGACUAGAGAGUACACCAAACGACAAACAGUAGUAUCCGGGAAGACUGAUAGUUGAAUUAACUGGCUAGUUGGUACUUUUUUAACAAACGUUUCUCCAGCCGCCUGUUUUAACCCUCCAGAGGUUAGAAAGCGAAGUAUACCUGUAAUUUCAAUACUUGUAUCUUUAUGUUAUUUGCGAAUUGAAAUUUGUCAAAAUUAUAUGUUAAAUAACAUGGCAAUUAACAUAGUGGUUCCUAGGUAUUUUAGGUGUUCAAGAUACCGUUGAAGUUUUGAAUAUUAAAGAAAAUUUAGGCAUCUUAGGCAUUAAUUUUGAAUAAUUUCUAUAGCGAGUAGGAGAAAUUUAAAUUCUCAGAAGACUCGAAAGUUUCGAUAUUCUAAAUAUCUGGAGGAAUGUUGAAAUAUUUAGUUGAGGAAAGCAUGUUCAAAUAUUCCAAUAUAGAAGUCAGACUGAUCAAUGCCAGUUUCUGAAUUUCAGUAUCAGAAUACGCGAUUUAAAUGUUUCUGUUUUCACAGCCAUUGGUAAAAGAUUGAAGCCUUGAAAAUAAAGUAAUAACAUAACUAUAUUUUACUCGGGACUUAUUUUUCUGAACUUCGGACAAUUAUUAUUUAAUUAAAUUCAAAGAGAUAAAAAAGCAAAAUUGAUUUCCACGAAGUGAAAUGUUGAUUAGUCUGACUUCAGGCGAAAAAUUGUGAUGGCGAGAAACGUGCUCAAGAAUCAAAGUGCAUUAAACAUAAUAACCAAACUGGAUUGGAGGGUUAAAACAUUUUAUGUCCCAUUGUCUCUUUUGAAUUCGAACUUGGAGUUGCCAUCGAUUACAAUAUCGAACGCUUCCUUUUCUUCCCAGUGACGUUCUGUUUUCGUCGAUUAUCGAGAUUCGAUCGAAGCGAUCGACACACGCACAAGAAAAGCAGAAAGCAGAAGCAUUCUGUUCGUUCGGCAAAAUCAGGAUCGAUCGUUAUUGAAAAAUCGCCACAGCAUGCACACAGAGUAAACGAUAGCGCGCACUCGUUUGUAUACAUGUACCUUAGUUCAUAGGUGCUCGCCGUAUUCUAGCGAUAGCACAGAAUUGGGUAUAUUUUUUAUCAUCGACAGUUUUUUAAUAAACGACCGUUCACUACCUUGUUCCUCACGCUAAUUUGUUCUCUGCCUGUUUUCAGUUGCGUCCAGUGGAAAUUGACGAGCUUCGCGUCGCUAUUUUGACAACUGCUCUUUGGCAAAACGUUUUAGUCUGUGAAUUUUUGAGCCGAGAGUUGAGAAAGAGCUGCUUGUUGUGAAAAUAAGACAAUAUCGAAGUAAAAUUCUCAGAGAUUUUAGAUUGUAUAAAAAUUAUCAAGUUCAAAAUUUGAAAAUUACGAUUUGAAGUUGAAUGUUCAACCUUCGUGGGUUAAGAUUAAGUCAAAGUGUUAAAAAUUAUAGUUCAGUGAAUCGUAAUUCAAAAGUAUAAGGGAUUCAGUGUCUAAAGUUAUAACUGGGAAUUGAAUUUGAAGUCUAAAAUUGCAAAUUACAAAUUACAAAUUUCAGCUCUCGAAUUAAAAAGAAUUUAUAUCCCCAUAAUAAAACUUACUAGACAGAUUAAAGGAAGCAGUUGGAGGAAUUUUAAUCAUGGAGGAGCAUAUAUGUGGCUUGCAGAACGGUGAAA